CGCUACAGCCGAUCCAAUGAUCGUUCUCCAGCGGCGACUGGCCGGGCUCUGGCCGUGGCUGCUCAUGGCGGCCCUGCAGGUGGUGUUUGGCCAGACGGGCCUGGAGCUGGCGGCGGCCGUCGAGACGGAGCGCUCGGCCCUCAGGGCUGUCAUCAAGGUGACACUGCUGAGACCCGAGCCAACGGGGAAACUCAUCACUCUGGAAGGGCUGUUUGUCGGAGGGAGCGCCGGCUCUGCAGAGGGGAAGCUCAUGCAGUCCCACCCUCUGUCCCUGUGCAACACCAGUGAAGAUGAGCGCCAGGAGUCAGACUUCAUCAGCAUCGUCAAGCUGGAGAGCCCGGAGCGCAAGGUGCCUCAGUGUCUACCCCUGCUGCACAAGGCUCGCCUGGCGCUGGAGAGAGGGGCUCAGGCUGUCAUCUUUGAUGUCACCGAUGAUGUCAACGCUAAGUUCCAGCUGCAUGAGUCAGAUUCCCUGCUGCGUCCGGUGGUGCUGAUGCAGGCUGAGGAUGCUGAGACGCUGAUGGAACUGGUCAACAGGAACGAGGAGGCCAGCGUCCGCAUCGACAUCAAGAGGGAGGACCCCAAAUGGGCCCACUAUGAUGUUGUUGUCCUGCUCACUAUAGUCCUUGCUAUUCUGGCCAUCGUUACGAUCUUUGCUUUCCGGUAUCGAUGCAAGUCCAGCAGAACCUGGGACUCAGUCCACCAGCAGACGAUGCGAGCCAUCAGUCGUCUGGAGACGCGGAUGUACAGUUCUCAGGGCUGCGGGGGCUCACAGCGCCACCGUGGGGGCUGGGGGUCUAAUAGCAGCUCUAACUCCAGCCCCGUCUGUGCCAUCUGUCUGGAUGAGUUCCUGGAGGGACAGGACCUGAGGAUCAUCUCGUGUGCUCAUGAGUUCCAUAAGGAGUGUGUGGACCCCUGGCUACUGCAGCACCGCACCUGUCCCCUCUGCAUGCACAACAUCAUGGGUUCAGAGCUGUCUGGACAGCCACGGAGGACCAGACUACAGCAGACCCCCGAGCACAGCCAGGGUUUCCUCCACACCCACCCCAUCCCCUUCUCCAUGAGGCCUCACUACCCCCGCGGUCCCUCUGGUCCAUACCCCUCCCUGGGCCACUAUAGCGGCUCCCCGCCUCUGGACCCCCAGACUCACCGCUUCCUCCCUAGUCGGCCCCUGGGCCCUGGUUGCGGAUACCUCCACCCUGCAGAGGGCCCCGGAAGGCCCCACAGAGCCGGGGGCAGCUGCAAGAUAGCAGGCCACCCUAUGGAUACCCACUACGGCCCCGGGCCCCGCCGCUCCUGCCACGCCUACCGCUCCGGCUGCCCUUCCCAGCGCAGCGCCUCCAGUUCCAGGCUCCACCACGCCCCCUCCUCUGCUCCCCGCGCCUCCGCAGGGGGAGCCCACAGCCGGGGGAACGAGGGGGGCAGCUGCUCUGGGGGGAGCUACCGGACAGAGCACAGUGGCUACCUGGCUGAUGGGCCGGCCAGUGACUCUAGCUCUGGCCCCUGUCACGGCUCCUCCAGUGACUCGGUCCUCAACUGUACUGACGUGUCCCUGCAGGGUGUGUAUGGUAGCUGGUCCACGUUCCGCAGCUCCCUGAGCAGUGACUAUGAUCCGUUUGUGUACUACGGGCCGGGACCGGGACCGACAGGCCGCAGGGACAGCAUGGAGGCAGGGGCCCAGAGACCCAGGUCCCUGGACUCAGUGGUGAACAGAGACAGAGGACGAGGAGGAGGAGGAAGAAGAGGAGGGUGCUCUGAGGAACAGCAGCAGGCUGUGUUUAGCCACAUCCACUACCACCGCCACAGACACCACCACUACCGAGAGGAAGGGGAGAGGGAGCACGCCCAGGGCCAGGGGCCAGGCAGGGGGUCGGACGAGGAGCUGGGGGCUACUGCUUUUGGCAGUAGCCCCCCGGCUCUGGACAAAGAUUCCCCAGUGUGCCCUCUGAAAGACAGCCCCUGUCACUGCCCUAAGGCAGACCACACAGACAGUAGAGGGGCCCAUGGCCACGGAACAGAGGGUCAGGGCCAUGACCUCAGCCACCCCUCAGGCCUCCCUCCAGUCCUGGUAACCCCAGCCCCCUUACCACCCCCACCAACCUGCUGUCACCAGGACCACAGCCACGGGGGCCACCCCCACCGGAGGGCGGGCCGGCUGGGCGACUGUGUGCUCGACGGCCCCUCAGUGCGUUUCCAACAGAACCUGGACCUGCAGGACGACUGUAGCAUCCACAUCCACUAUGACCAGGGCUACUGCUGCCCCCCUCCCGACCUGCCCCCCGCUCUGCUCUCCAUGCCUGUGCCCCUCAUCCUGGACUCUGGAGGAAUGAGGCCCCUGGGGGGCCUAGAGGACUGGCCCUGCUGUGGAGGGCCCCACCAUGUGGUGUGGCAGAAGCGGGUGCAGCAGGCCCACUCUGAGCCCCAGCUGCUGGGGCCCGGGCUUGGGGUCCCUAUGGACAUAACCCCACCCCCUUCCAGCAGGCGCCACCACGGUCCCCACAGCCCAGGGGACGACCGCAACACAGACUUAUGUUUAUACUGCCAAACACUACACAAUAAUCAGGGAUCCGAGGAGGAGUCCGGCGUGUGAGGACUCGCGAGUUGCAUCCCCAACUUCACGCUGCUACGUACACAGGAGCCGGAACGGACAAACACAUCAUCGCGCGGCCAUGUUUCUCAAGUCUUCCAAAUAAUUCCACAUUUAAUAGCUGCAUUCAGACUACACUUCCCAGAAUCCCCCAGUCAGUGCUCAGAGUUCCGUCUGUCCCACAACGAUCAAAAUGAGUCUACGAGAUUCUGAUUGUUUUGAAGUUUAUUUAUUUUGACCAUCAAUUCAAACAAUAAGCACAAGUCAUGUAUGGAUGUCAAAUUGCUCUAAUUCAUUGUUGAAUUCCAGUAUUUCAAUGUGUUUGAUUGGGAGUUUUGUUGUUGCUUAGUGAUUGUGUUUCAAGAUGGAGACUGACUGGGAGAUGCUGGAAAUGUUUUUUUGUUGUUGUUUUGUUUUUCGUCUUGUUUUUAUUUUGUUUUGUAAAUUACAGGAAUAAUUCAAUACCAACAAGUUCCCAGGUUGCCUUAGUGACCACAAGGAAUGAUCACUGCUCAGGGCUUGAGCCUCGAUUCACAUCACGACAUUCCCCAACUAUCUCCCUCAUUAGAAAUCACACGGACAUAUUGGAUGUCUGAUUCCUUGAGUGGUUGAUUGAGUACUUAAUCAAUUAUACUAUGAGGUACUACUCAGUAAUACUUAAUAUCCUUAAAGUCCUUUAUUUGUGUAGAAACAGAAUGUAGACGAGCAUUGGAUCAUGUACGACACCCAUACAUGGAGGUUUCUUGCUCUUUCCAGCCUAACUCAAAUCAGAUUCAGAAAUGUUUCCCUUCGGGGUGGGUUUUACUAAGGUACUCAGAGCUACGGAAAAGAGACAAGAAACUUAUCAUUAGGGGAGAACAGUGAUUUUCUUAGCUGGACCUACAAGCAGUGAGCAUCCUGAAAGGUCAUCCUGAGAGGUCAUCCUGAAAGGUCAUCCUGAAAGGUCUUCCUGAGAGGUCAUUAGAGGCUAGUAUGGGGACUUGUGUUGGUUCAUUCAAUAAUGGCAGCUGUUUCCAUCACAUUUAAUGUGUUUUUUGGUUCGGUAAAAACAUAUAUUUUUUUUAUUUUGUAAUUGUGUUUUUCAUCGUUAAAAGAAAGAACCAGACUGAUCUAUGUUAUUACAAGCUAUUUUUGUUUUGCUCAUGUCAUUUCUCAUGUUGCCAGUGGUUACGUAGUAUGUUUGACCUGAGCGCUGGUUUGGUGGCCAGUGAAGGAUGGGAGGGGCCCUCCACACAAACCUGGGUUCAAACUGUAUUUGACAUAUUUCAAAUACUGUAGCUGUGCUUGAUUCAGCUUACCUGGCUCCAUGGGACCAAUGGUAUAGUCCUAAAAAAUGUAAACCCCGCCCAUCUGGCGUGCACUCCAGUAAGGAUAAAAUAUGCAAAUGCUCAAGUAUGUGAAAUAUUUAAAAUUCUAUUUGAACCUAAAGGGAGGUCUGCCACCAGAACAGCAGCGUGGGUGGAGCUUCGCUCGGCUCAGAAAGGACAUGAACCAUGUCGUCUGCUCUUCACCCCUGACCCCUGACCUUUAUCCCCAUCACCUAUUACACAACCCUAUCGUUGUCCACCAGCAAGGAUAUUGUCUCCUUUCCAUAUCCCAUCUACCAGCAGCUAUAGCUCACCAGGGGUGCCCUUAUCUUAAACAUUGUAGCAAAAUAUUAUAUACAGAAUUACUAUGUAAUAACUGGAGGAAAGCCAUGAUAAUUCAUAAUUCAUUCAACUUUGGGAACAUAACAUUAUUCACGACCAAACAUUUACCGAACAAACCUGCGGCCUUAAAUAGAAGCCUGGUGCCGCUCAGUCAGUCAAGCCCUUUCCCUGAAUGUCUCACUUGGAUCCAACAUCCCAGGAUAUUAAAUGUGUGUAGUUAUACAGUACCAGUCAAAAGUUUGGACACGCCUACACAUUCAAGGGUUUUUCUGUAUUUUUACUAUUUUCUACAUUGUACAAUAAUAGUGAAG